UCUAUAAUGUCUUCGUUAGUGUUUUCGAUACUUCUGGUCUUUGGAUCUCUAUACGUCCUUGUGGCUUUUGAAAUAGACAAGGCAAUCUACUGCGAUUUGCCACAUUGUGGCAUGGAAAAUGUAGUUUGCCGAAAGACGAACUAUAGCUUUCCCUGUCAGCCCAGAGCCCGAUUGGUGUCCUUGAGUAGGGAUCAAAAGGAGUCGAUCCUCAGCACGGUUAAUAAGUUUAGGAACACUGUGGCCAGAGGUCUGACCCAAAAGCUACUUCCGGCAGGACGCAUGGCUCGCAUGGAGUGGUCAAAGGAACUGGAACAUUUCGCCAAUAAGGAUGUGAUGAGCUGCAUUCCCAUGCCGCGUCCUUGCAUGACAUCCCCGAAUUUUCCCAACAUGGGCAGCAUCUUUGAAGCCUAUAGUUAUUUGGGAAGAAAACAGGAUAGUGUUAAAAUUAUAACAGACAUAAUCUUGAAAUGGACGAUCGAAGGUCGCUAUGUGACCCCAAAGCAAUCUCUCUUUUUGGCCGAUAACAAUGACCUAAAAUCUGUCUAUCGAGCUGCACUCUUGAUGUCCGAACGUAACACUCAUAUGGGAUGUUCGGCGGUUCAACUUAAAAACCGGCGCGUCAGAUAUUUCUAUUUAAGCUGCACCUUUGCUACCAAGAAUAUAAUGGGAGUUCCCAUUUAUAGACCGGCUAAGACGCCGGGGGAAAUGUGCCAAAAACGUGAUGAAGUUUUCAACAAUCUGUGUGCCAUUGGCGAAAAGUAUCUUGAAAACUCAAAAUUAGUUAAUUCGAGCAAGUACAUAAAGUAAAAUGCAAUGAUUAAAACCCUGCACUAAUUACAUUUAAGUUCUUA